UCGGUUUUUCUGAUUUUUUUUUCAACUUACUAUUCUUUGCUUUCCUAAAAAACAAAAUAAAAAAAAUUAUAUAAAUCCUCCAAAAACAAGUCUAGACUGCGAAGCCUCCAAGAAUGUUAUCUGUAAAAGGACAUUGAACACAAGAGAAAAGAAGAAGAAGAAGAAAGAUUCGAAAAUUAAAUAAACUUCUGCGAUACAGAUUCUGCAUAAUAAAAGAAAAUUUAUCAUUCCAUUCCUUGCAGGGAAUUAUGUAUAUUCGAUUUUAUCGGAAUCUUGAAUUGAAAAGAGAAUAAAGAAGAUUAGGGAGUGAUCUUAAGGAGGAUUUAUUGGCACAUUGUGAUUCUUGAGGUUAUCAGUGGAUUUGACCAGAUGAAUGUUGUUGGGAAAGUAGGUAGUUUAAUUUCUCAGGGUAUGUACUCAGUUGUGACCCCUUUUCAUCCUUUUGGCGGGGCUGUGGAUGUGAUUGUGGUACAACAGCAGGAUGGGACAUUUCGAAGUACCCCAUGGUAUGUUCGAUUUGGUAAAUUUCAGGGUGUUCUUAAGGGAGCAGAGAAGAUUGUCCGCAUAAAUGUCAAUGGUGUUGAAGCGAAUUUUCACAUGUAUCUUGAUAAUUCCGGUGAAGCUUAUUUCAUAAAGGAGGUUCAGCCUGGUAAAGGAAGUGAGGCAAAUGGGGUGAUAAAGGAUUCUAAUAGCAUGACAAUGUCAAAUGAAGGUGUCAGUGUUGGUUUUAGUGAUGUCGGUGAUAAUAAUGUUGUUGGAAUAUCUAGGCUUGAGCAUAGUGUUUCCGAUUCUAGGGUGAUUCAGUUGCGAGAGGAAGAGAAUUCAUCAGGUGCAGCCCAACUUCGAAGGGCAGAAUCUGAUGGUGACCGGAGGUAUUAUGAUUUUCAAGAUGAGCAAGCCUCUAUGGAUGAUUCAGUUGAGUUAUCAGAGUAUGCUUCUGAUAUAUAUAAUGGUUUAGAUGGUGAGCAUCCUGCUGUUUCACAAGGUUCAGAUUCAGAAGUGAUCUUGGUGAGUGUGGAUGGUCAUGUCCUGACAGCCCCUGUAUUGGAAUCAGAACAGAAUACCGAGAGUGUGCAAUUAUGCAUCCCUCAGUUCCAUCUGGGCCCAGGUGAUGACACCGAGGAGUUUAAUUUAGGUGAUGAUGCAUGGGCUGCUGAUUACAUCACUAAGCUGAAUGCAUCCGUGUCUAAUUUUUCAUCUGAUAAUGCUUACAGUGUAAAUAAUGGUGGUAAUGCUCGCCAACCGGAAGUUUCUGAAGGUGACAGGGAGCUUUUAUGUCAAAGUCAAGAAAUUCAGGACAUUCCUAGGUCAGAAGGAGAUCUUCUGGUGCAAAGUGAUUCAGAUGCAUCUGUUAGGAUAAAUAGGGAAGAGGUUUUCAAAAGCUGCUUGGCGUUACCGGAAUUGGCCAAACCGGGUGGAAUUGCUGAUCCUGAGGAAACAGAUACUUCACCUGAGGUGCAAAAAGAUUCACAUGCGGAGUCUCCUUGUAGUCCUCCAGCAGUUGAUCAAACUACUAAUAGAGAUCUUGUUGAAUUCACAGAUAAUGGCUGUAAUUCUGAUUCUAGCGGCCUCCAUGGAUCACCUACUGUGCAGGUUGAACUCAAAGCAGCAGAGAAAAAUGCUUCAAGGACAGAACAUAUAGGUGCUGACAGCACAUGUACUUCUGUUAGAAUUGGUAACAGUUCAGAUGAGAUGGGUGAAGAGUCUUAUCACAUGUCCACAGUAGGUGAAGAGUUGGAUAAUAGCCUGCAAGGACCUGUUCCUGAAGAUGAGUCCAGUAAAAGCGAGACUGUGAAACCACAAAUAGAGUGCGAAGCUUGUUCAAGCAAAGGGUUUGAGAUCUCCCUCUGUGGAAAGGAACUCCAUUCAGGUAUGGGCUUGGAGUCUGCUGCUGAAGUGUUUGUAUCACAUCGCAUAUCUGCUGAGGAAUUUAAAAACUCUGAAACAUCAAUUAUCAGGAAUGAAAAUUUAAUAAUCAGAUACAGAGAGAAGUACUUCACGUGGGAAAAGGCUGCUCCUAUUGUGCUUGGAAUGGCUGCAUUUGGUUUGGAUUUACCUGCUGAGCCCAAAGAUGCGAUUCCUGUGGAGCUGGAUGACAUACUUGAGCAAAGGGAUGAUGAUGCUGGGAUUACUUCCGCACCAUCUAGCCGCAGAUGGAGGCUUUGGCCUAUUCCAUUUAGAAGGGUUAAGACAAGCAGUAACUCAUCAAGUGAAGAGUUAUUUGUUGAUUCUGAAUCUGGAGUGCAAAACUCAAAUGUUGAAUCAACUUCAGCAUCCUGUGGUGGUUCUGAGUCUCCUCACAAGCAGUUUUUAAGGACAAAUGUUCCAACUAGUGAGCAGAUAGCAUCAUUGAAUCUGAAAGAUGGUCAAAAUUUGAUAACAUUCAGUUUCUCUACUAGGGUUCUAGGUACACAACAGGUUGAUUGUCAUAUCUACUUAUGGAAGUGGAAUGCAAGGAUAGUGAUUUCAGAUGUGGAUGGAACAAUUACCAGGUCUGAUGUUUUGGGUCAAUUCAUGCCCCUGGUUGGAAAGGAUUGGACACAAUCUGGAGUUGCUAAACUUUUUUGUGCCAUUAAGGAGAAUGGAUAUCAGCUAUUGUUUCUGAGUGCACGUGCAAUUGUUCAGGCGUAUCUAACCAGAAGUUUCCUUUUCAACCUAAAGCAGGAUGGAAAAACCCUACCAAAUGGACCUGUUGUUAUUUCACCUGAUGGAUUGUUUCCCUCAUUGUACCGGGAAGUCAUAAGAAGAGCUCCUCAUGAGUUCAAGAUUGCGUGCUUAGAGGACAUUAAAAGACUCUUUCCUUCUGAUUACAACCCGUUCUAUGCGGGAUUCGGAAAUAGAGACACCGAUGAGCUUAGUUACAGGAAAAUUGGGAUUCCGAAGGGCAAAAUAUUUAUUAUAAACCCAAAGGGUGAGGUGGCCAUUAGUCAUCGCAUCGAUGUGAAGUCCUACACAUCAUUACACACGCUGGUCAAUGAUAUGUUCCCCCCUACAUCGUCAGCUGAGCAGGAAGAUUAUAACUCAUGGAAUUUUUGGAAGGUGCCAUUGCCCGAGAUUGAGUUCUAGUCUAUGCCUUACAGAGAGAUGGUUCCCUCGGCACUAACAGGAUGAAAAGUGGAUUGAAAUGUCCACAAAAGUACAGAUACGAUCAGCACUCUUCCAUUUGUUCCAAUUUUCUUAGCCAGAAGUGAUGCCGUGUUAACCCUUUGCAUUUCGCAGCACUGGUGUAUGAUUCGUAAGCAAUUCAUCUUGUAUUGGAAGUCAAGAGGUGCUCGAAAAAAGCCCCUUAUUAAUAAAAAAAAGCUUCUGAAAUUUUGAUGAUA